AUGGAGCUUAAUAAUCUAGAGGGAGUAAACUUAAACGUGGAAAAAGAUGGGCUGAAAAAUUAUGGUCAAGUGCUUGCAACUGCAUGUGAAACUACUGCUACGUGUUAUAAUAACUAUUACAUUGAGAAUUUUCAGAACAUCAUCUGCAACUACUUCAUUUAUAUGAUUUGUAAAGAAUUUCAUGACGUUAAAAAAUCUGUCAUAAGGAAACUUGUAUAUGAACAUGUUUUAGAUCAAGUACUAUCAUCUGAUCCUGUUGCCGUUCUAAAUAAUGAUAUCCUCCCACCAUUAAGCCAAGAAGCAAAAAAUGGUUUACAGGGAUUUAUAAACCCUUUAAUUGUGGAGCUCAAGAACCGCUUGCCAUCGUUCACAAUUACAAAGGCAACUCAGAAUACUGCCCCUUUUGGUAUUUUACCGGCAUUAAGACACAUUCUGUCCAAGUAUGAAUCAAUCAUUGCGGAAAAUUCUACUUCACAGAAGCAUGACUCAGAACCAAGAAGACCUCAAGAUACGGUUCAAUCUGAUGAAAAAAAGAAGAAAGAUGAUAAAGCAAAGCAUUUUGUACUGCCAAGAAUAUUUAGCUGUUUCCCAAUCCAGGUUUGCAGUGGCGCUUUAUCAAAAUCGAUAGUCAAGACGUUACUGGUAUAUUCCCUGGCUCAAAGUUAA